AUGGGCACGCACGAGGUGUCCACUGAGCAGCCGCGGCCUUCCUUGCAGAGGCCCAGCAGCGGUCCUUACGGCUGCUGGAACCAGCAAGGAGGUUUCCUGCAGCUGCCAGGCCUUCAUGAGCUGACCCCUCUCAAUUCCCACCUGAUCUCGCCUGUGCUGGCUCAAGCGUUUGGCCUGCCCCCAUCGAACAACGAUGGUCGAGCGCCUGCAGCAGGCGCCUUCAAUGACCAGAACAACCAGGCGCAGCAACAGCACCCAGGUCAACCCAAUUCUGGGCAGUUCCAGCCGAUGCAGCAGCAGGCCGCUCAGCCACAGUCAGUGCCCUUUCAGGACAUGUCGAGGCUGAUGCAAACUGCAGGAUAUGACGCUGCUCAGAAUAGGCAGUCAUACGGGCAGCAGUAUCCCUCCUCAGGCCAAGGCUACCCUCCAGGCAUGGGGAUGCAGCAGAACGGUGGAGCCAAUGCGGGCUACCCAAGCUUUCAGCAUGCCAACCUGUAUGGCUUCAACCCUGCCACGACCAUGGCCAACCCGUAUAACCUCAGUCAAUACCAAGGCUUUGGACAGCAGCAGCAGCAGCAGCAGACGGCACAGCCUGGGUGGGGGGAUCCCCAAGGGAUGGGAGCAACCUCCUCGAAGAGGAACCAGCAGGAGGGGCCCAAAGCCACCUCCACUGGGGAAGAUGACGCGGAUGAGAAUCAGGCGCGCGCGCUGAAGCGGCCGCGGCUGGUGUGGACGGCGAAGCUGCACCAGUGCUUUGUCCAGGCCGUGGAGCAGCUGGGCCUCAAGAACGCCGUGCCCAAGACCAUCAUGCAGGCGUGCUUCCCCACCUCUGCCACCCGCCUGCACCCACUGUCAUGCCCUUUGCAGUCUGUGCUGGCACCUCUGAUGCACGUGGAUGGGCUGACGCGCGAGAACGUGGCGAGCCACUUGCAGAAGUACCGGCUGCAGCUGAAGAAGGAGAACAAGCUGGACGACGAGGGCAACCUCAUCUCCGGCGCCGGCCGCGACAGCGGCGAGCCCGCCUCCUCCUUCAGCCACGACGAGGAGCCAGGGACCGGCAAGGCGUCAACGGGGGCACAGGGGGCCGUUAAGGACAUGGAAACCGCUGCUGGCAAUGACAUGCACAUCGUACCUCAGCUGCAGCUGCAUUCUGGCAGCAGGGAUAAAGCUGCUGAGCUGCACACACCACGCGGCUCCUCGCCAGGAUGA